AUGGAAGCAAGUUAUGUUUACUCUAAAAAACGCUCCGAAUUCGGGAGGCAGUGUAACUUAAGCGACAAAAAUGCUGAAGUCCUGAUAGAAAUAUUACCGGAUGCAGAGUUGUCUCAAAAUUUCAUCGAAAUGAAUCCUGUAGACAAAGGUGUUCAGUGCUCACAAGAAAUGUCUGAACACGAAGCCAAUACCGAAAGGUACAGAUCAGAAACACAUGGAAUGAAUCACACGGAAGGUGGCUGGCCGAAAGAUGUCAAUCCGCAGGAACCUGAUCAGGUAAUUAGAUAUCGAAAGAAAGUUGAGAAAGAAGAUGUCUAUAUUGCGACAGUUCAUAAACUAGGAAACAUUAUGGAACAUUGUAUUAAACAAAAUAAUGCCCUAAACAUAUACGAGAACUACUUCGAUGACGUGUAUCUAAAUGCUUCUGAAGAUUCCCCAUCUGCAAAGACUAUAAACGUUCUAAAAGACAUAAACGAUUAUAAGCGCAGCGUUGCCUACUUAUCCUGGUUUACAGAUGGCCCAACGAAAUUAGCAGUUGCUUAUUGUAACACGGAGUUUCAAUCUCAGUCCCUAUCGAAUGAUUCAUAUAUAUGGGACUUAAACAAUCCCAAUAGACCAGAGUUGAUACUUAAACCAGCUUCUCCUCUUGUUUGUAUAGAAUACAACCCUAAAGACUCUCAUACGUUAAUUGGGGGAUGUUACAAUGGACAGUUGGCUUUCUGGGACAGGCGUAGGGGCUCACUCCCAGUUGAAUUAUCUCCAGUUGAGCAUAGUCAUAGAGAUCCUGUCUGGAAAACGCUGUGGAUACAAUCGAAAACUGGUACUGAGUGUUUCUCCACUGGGACCGAUGGACAAGUUUUCUGGUGGGAUGUUAGAAAGAUGUCUGAACCUACAGAAUUUCUUUACCUUGACCCUACCAAAAAACAAAACAUUUCUUGUGCUCAGGGUGCGUAUGCACUAGAGUACGAAUCUACAAUGCCAACGAAGUUUAUGGCUGGAACCGAGCAGGUAA